AGGAGGCCGAAAGACAGGGUUAGCCACUUAGCCUAGCUUCUGAAACCCUAAUCCUCAAUGGCGCCGAAACGUGCUUCUCCUUUGGACGAACCGCCCUCAGCUUCUUCCUCAUCCGAAGAAGAGGAAGCUUCAUCCGAAGUUGGAUCUUCAUCUGAAGAUGACGAUCAACCUUCAAAACUUACACAACCUCUUUCCGCUGAAAAGAAGCCCACUUCCAAAAAGCCUCCACCUGCUGCCCCAAUCGCAAAAUCUCAGCCAAAAGCUUCGGUUUCGGAUUCUGAGACUGAAUCUGAUGCCGAAUCUGACUCCGAUGAUGAGCGCCCCAGUGAGAAUGCGGAUCUGAUUGUCAAACCCAUUGCCUCCAAGCCCAAAGGAGAGACGCCUAAAGGAAAGAAGUCAAAAUCUCAGCCAUCCGUUACGCCGGCCAAAGCAGCUAACAAGCGACCAAGUGAUAACAAUCGACCGGCCACUGACUCAAAAAAGGCAAAGAAGGGAAAGGAUGCUGGUGGAAACGAUGAGAUCUUGGCGGCGGAGGAGGAUGGGAGAAAGGCCGGAGAUGAGUCCAAGAAGCUGUUUCAGAGGCUUUGGAGCGAGGACGACGAGAUUGCGAUCCUCAUGGGUUUAGCGGAAUAUGCAGCCAAGACAGGAGAAGCCCCGCUUAAGGAUAUUAAUGGAUUUCACGAUUUCAUAAAGAAGUCGGUACAUGUUGAUGUAUCAAAUGAACAAUUGGCUAAUAAGAUUAGGACAUUGAAGAGAAAGUACGUGAAAAAUUCCCAAAAAGGUAAGAAUGGUGAAGGCCCCAGUUUCUCCAAACCAUACGACAAGAAAGUCUUUGAAUUGUCUAAGAAGAUCUGGCCUGAUGAAGGAGCCAAUGGAGGGAUAGACCUUACAAAGUCAAAUGGGAAAGAGAAGAAAAAUAAGAAGGAAGGUAACAGUGUCGUGGCUUCUCGGAAACGAGAGCCUGAUCUGGUUUCAGAUUCGAAGGAAGUUCGAAAGAUAGACAUUGAUCCGCAUGCAGGUUCGCCGCUGAGUUUAAGUGAAAUGAUUAGGUUUAACAAAAGUCUGGGCCUGUCAGGGUUGGAUGAUGAUGUUAUUAAGAGGGGAUAUGAAUUGAUUGGAGCAUCCAAGAAGGCAGAGUUGGAUGACAGGUGGAAGAAACUGCAAAUUGCAGAGUUGGAGCUGUUUGUGAAACGAGUUGAGCUUGUCAAGGAUGAGGCUAGUUUGAUAUGGGAGGCAACCAAAUCUUCAGGCAAUUAGGAUUGUGUUACUGUUAGGUAUAUCAUAUGUUUUAUUGGCGAGCUUUGUAAUUUUUUGGGCUGACAUGUGGUUGCUUUAUGUUGUAUUGUUAAAUUAUUGUUUGCUGGUACAAAAGAGGAAGAUUAGAACUAGUGAUCCUUUACUGAAGCUCGCAUCUGGGACACCCACCGGAGGCUAGCUCUGUUGGUUAGCUGUUAUGUCAAUUAAAUCAAGUUAUGAAAAUAUGUAGGUGAAUUUUUUUUUUUCUUUUCAAAA